AUUUUUUUUUUGUUUACUCUAUGAAAAAAACGUUACCAGUUGUAAGCAAAGAACAAGAUUUAGAAGACGAUACCAUCUCAAGACGCGUGUUACCUCUAUUAGCUUCUCCUUCUAAUUCACCACCUCAAGAACAACAACAACAAGAUAAUAAUAUUGCAUCUGCUGUUUCGAAUUGGCUAAGAUUGAAUGUCGAUGAUAAUGCAUACAGAAAUAGACAUUCUAUAGGUUUAGACGUACCCGGAGCUGUUCAUACGAUUACUACGCCAAAAUUAAAAACCGAAAAGCAGCUGGAUAGCAAAUUGGUUGUGAUUAUGGUGGGAUUGCCUGCUCGAGGAAAGAGUUAUUUAGUAAAAAAACUUCGGCGAUAUCUCAACUGGCUUCAAUACGAGACCAGAGUGUUUAAUGUUGGCAACAUGCGCCGUGUCUGUGACACAUCCGAUCAAUCUGCCAGAUUUUUUGAUCCCAACAAUCAAGACAACAAGCGUAUGCGUGAUGAAAUUGCGAUGAGCGUACUCGAGCAAUUGAUCGGUUGGCUCAAGGAAGGCGGUCGAGUCGCUAUUCAUGAUGCGACCAACUCGACACUGGCAAGGCGAAAGCUACUGAUUGACAGACUGGAAAAGGAGCCAGAGAUCAGAGUGUUGUUGAUUGAAUCGAUCUGCACAGAUCAAUCUAUGCUCGAACGUAAUUUUCGUUUGAAACUUUCGGGCCCUGAUUACAAGAAUAAGGACCCUGUGGAAGCGCUGGCUGACUUUAGGUCCCGAGUUGCUAAUUACGAAAAGGCAUACGAACCCGUGGGCGAGUGGGAAGAAGAACAUGAUAUUCAAUUUUGUAAAUUAAUCAAUGUGGGCAAAAAGGUUAUUGCUCAUCAUAUCUCGGGCUAUCUUUCCGGACAAUGCAUAUUUUAUCUUAUGAACUUUAAUCUCAAUGAGCGACAAAUCUUUUUGACUCGCCAUGGUGAAAGUGAGGAUAAUGUCACGGGCAAGAUCGGCGGAGAUGCGCCACUGUCAGCUAAGGGCAGAAAAUUUGCAAAGGCGUUGGCCAAGUUUGUUCAGACACAGCGUAUCAGAUUUGCAUGUGAACUUGCAGCAAAGGCAAAUGAUCUAGAAGCGGAUGAAGACAAGUAUGAUAGUGCAAAGGCAUUAGCCAAGACAGCCGAAUUUUGUAAUUCACAGUUUAUGGUGUGGACGAGUAUGCUCAAGCGAUCCAUGCAGACUGCAGAGACAUUGGAUCCAGAUGAUUAUGAUAUAAAGCAUAUUCGAUUCUUGAAUGAGAUCAAUUCAGGGAUAUGUGAAGGCAUGACUUACGAAGAAAUACAACAAAAAUAUCCAGAAGAGUACAGGGCAAGACAGGCAAAUAAACUAUUCUAUCGAUAUCCCGGAAUGGGUGGAGAAUCUUAUAUUGAUGUUAUCCAUCGUCUUCAGCCUAUGAUCAUUGAACUAGAAAGAAUGACUCAGUCAUGUCUGAUCAUCACACAUCGAGUUGUCAUGCGUAUCCUCUUGGGCUACUUGUUGGAUUGGACAAGAGAAGAAAUGCCUCAUAUGAUGGUUCCCAUUCAUACCGUCUAUGAGCUUAGACCGAAGCCAUACGGUACCGAAUUGAAAAAAUGGCAGUAUGUCGAAGAAACAGAUUCAUUUGUAGAAUUUUAACCUUGCAUCUUUUUUUCCUUUCUUUUU